AUGGAAGCAAGCAUUAAGAAAGAUUUCGAGAAGGCCAAGUCUCUUACUGAGAGUGAUUUCAAAUCAUCCAUUUCAAUACUAAUCGAGUUGAUUAAUAAGGACAACUUAAGUGAAAUAGAAGAUGGGGCCAAGAUUCAAGAACAGGCAAUAUAUAUGUUAGGAGAGAUAUAUAUGAAAAAAGGUAUGGCAAAGGAAUUAAAAGAAUUUAUCGAGGCUAUUAGGCCAAUAAUAGGUGGCCUACCAAAAGCUAGGGUUGCAAAAAUUAUUCGAAAUUUAAUGGACAUGAUGUCUAAAAUUCCAGAUACUGAGAUGUUACAGGAACAGCUAUGCUUAGAUUGUAUUGAGUGGUGUUUAGAAGAAAAGCGUACAUUUUUGAGACAUAGAAUUACUGCUCGUCUGGCAAUGGUAUACUUGAAUUCCAAUCAAUUUGUUAAAGGCUUGGACUAUAUUGAAAAAUUGAUUAAAGAAAUUAAAAAGGUCGAUGAUAAAAUUUUAUUAGUUGAAGUUUACUUGAUAGAAAGCAAAUUGGAGUAUAGAAUUCGAAACUUACCCAAGUCUAAAGCAGCUUUGACUGCUGCCAGAACCAAUGCUAACUCUAUUCACUGCCCUCCUUUGUUGCAGGCAGAUAUAGAUCUCCAAUCUGGUAUUAUUCUUGCUGAUGAAGGAGAUUUUAAGACAUCAUUUUCAUACUUUUAUGAAGCUUUUGAAGCAUUUAAUAUUGCUAAUGAUGAAAGAGCACUACAAUCACUAAAGUAUAUGCUACUAUCAAAGAUCAUGUCCCAACAAACCAAUAACUUGGCUUCUUUACUUUCUGGAAAAAAUAAAGUUAAGUUCCAAAUGAGAGAAGUUGAAGCUUUGAAGAUGGUUGCAUCAUGCUGCGAAAAUAGAUCUUUAAGUAUGUUUGAGGAUGUUUUGAAAACUUAUGAGAUUGAGCUGAGUAGUGAUAUGGUCGUUCACAAACACAUUAAUGAUUUGUAUGAGAGUUUAAUGGAACAGAAUAUUUUAAGGAUUUUGGAAUCUUAUUCUCACAUUGAAAUUUCUCAGCUCGCUAAAUUCCUAAACCUUCCUUCCAAAAGAGUUUACUCUAAGAUUAUUGAUAUGAUUUUGAACAAAACAAUACAAGGAAAUAUUGAUCAAAGGAGCGAAGUUCUCACUAUUUUUGAUGAGAAUCAGAACUCAAGUUUGAUGAUUCCAGAGUUGAUUUCUACAUUCGACAAUCUUUCCAAUGUUGUUGACGUUUUAUAUGAAAAAGCCACUAAGGCUAUAUAA